AUGGUGGCAGGCGAUGGCAGACACGUCGAAAAUGAUCGCGUCACGUGCGACUUGCAGCCGUCUCUGCUUCAGUUACUGACAGUCGAUAUUGUGGGUGUGCUGCAAUUGGUGGUCAUGGCGAAGUCGCACUAG